AUUGUGUAUAAUAUAUAUGAGUUUGGACAUAGGAAAAGGCCAGCAAGGAUGCACAUUGUCCUGUUAUCAGUGUUAGCUCCUGCAGAAGGAGUAGGGAUAGCGAGCUCCUUGCUAUCCUUAAACACAUCAAGAACAUUCCUGCUUCAGUGCCAUUGCAUUUGCUGUUUCCUCUGUCUGGAAUGCUGUCCCCCAUAUAGACACAAGACUAGUCCGUUGUCUUUAUUCAAAUGUCACCUUCUCAGGGCUUCCCUGGCCACUAUCAAAAAUUACUGUUUCUACUUUGCCUUCCUAUCCUCCUUCCUGAUUUAUUCUUCCCCUCAGCACUUAUUACUGCCUACCAUAUUAAAUAUUUUACUUGUUUAUGUUUUUUUUAAGAUUUAGUUAUUUUAGAGAGAGAGAGAAAGUGAGCGGGGGCAGGGGCAGAAGGAGAAGGAGAGAUUCCUCAAGCCGACUCCCCAUGGAGCCUGAUGUGGGGCUUGAUCUCACGACCCUGAGAUCAUGACCUGAGCUGAAAUCAAGAGUCUGCCACUUAACCGAAUGAGCCACCCAGACGCCGCUUGUUUAUGUUUUAAAAUGACUGCCUCCCCUUCUAAAAUAAAGCUGUAUACCUGCACAAGUGGUGGCUGCCAUUGAUGUAAACACUGUUGCUAAUGAAGUAUACAAGUAUAAUUUUCCUCACACGCAGUUACUGGCCAAGACAAUCGAAGGCAUUACGCUAGAAGAGUUUGACAAAUUGUCUUUCAAUAUGAUUUUAAUGAGCCCUCCCUGUCAACCAUUCACCAGAAUUGGCCUGCAAGGUGAUGUGACUGAUCCAAGGACGAAUAGCCUCUUACAUGUUCUAGAUAUUCUCCCAAGAUUACAAAAAUUACCGAAAUAUAUUCUUUUAGAAAAUGUUAAAGGCUUUGAAGUAUCUUCUACAAGAGACCUGUUAAUACAAACAUUAGAAAAUUGCGGUUUUCAGUACCAAGAAUUUCUAUUAUCUCCAACCUCUCUUGGCAUUCCAAAUUCAAGGCUCCGGUAUUUCCUUAUUGCAAAGCUUCAGUCAGAACCAUUACCUUUUCAAGUCCCUGGUCAGGUACUGAUGGAGUUUCCCAAAAUUGAAUCUGAAUAUCCAGGAAGAAAUACAGUAGAUACAGAAAAUAAAAUUGAAAGAAAGAAAAUUGAACCUAGUAUUUGCUUUGAUAAGAGCAGACAACGUUCUGGAAAAGAGGCCAUUCUUUUUAAGCUUGAAACUGUAGAAGAAAUUGACCGGAAACAUCACCAGGACAGUGAUCUCUCUGUGCAGAUGCUAAAAGAUUUUCUUGAAGAUGAUGUUGACGUGAAUCAGUAUUUUUUACCGCCAAAGUCAUUGCUGCGAUACGCUCUUUUGUUAGACAUUGUUAAGCCCACUUGCAGAAGGUCCACAUGCUUUACCAAAGGUUAUGGAAGCUACAUAGAAGGGACAGGAUCUGUGUUACAGACGACAGAGGAUGUGCAGAUUGAGGAUAUCUACAAAUCCCUUACCAAUUUGUCACAAGAAGAAAAGAUAACAAAAUUGUUAAUGCUUAAACUUCGAUAUUUCACUCCUAAAGAAAUAGCAAGUCUCCUUGGAUUUCCUUCAGAUUUCGGAUUUCCUGAGAAGAUAACUGUGAAACAGCGUUAUCGUCUACUUGGAAAUAGUCUUAAUGUGCAUAUAGUAGCUAAACUAAUCAAAAUCCUAUAUGAAUAAUUUAAAAAUGACUCUGAAAGAUGGUCACAUUAUUUCUUCAUAUCCAGAUGGUAAUUCUGAAAUUCUAUUUUGAAUUGAUUUUGAUGAAAUUCAACUCAACUACCUUUAUCUCUUUAAAAAGAAAUUUGGAUUUAUCAUAAAAAUGCCAGUUUUUUUCCUAAAUUUGUAUUACUAUAUUUUAUAAAGCAGAAAUUACUAUGCUUUAGGAGAAUAUAUUUUCAUAUGAAAUUGCUAAAUAUACAUGUAAAAUAUUCUCUUUUUAAUAUUAUGGUAUUGACAAAUUUAGGAGGAACAUUGGAGUUUGUCUACAUGAGUAUCUUGUGAAGUGUCAUGACAGGCAUAGUAUAGUGAACCUGAGAUAUUAUGUUUUUGUAUGUUAAUUAAACAAAUUGCUUUAUGAAUCCUAUCAUUUUUUUGGUGGAUGAUUAAUUCCUCAUUCUAAAAUGAUGACUCUAAUUCUGGCCUGUUGCAAACAUUGAAUGUUUUACUUAAUUCCAAUCCUUUAAACAUUUCUUAAUUGCAUCUAAACAAAUGCAUAUAAUAUUUUAAAACAAAUUGUCAUCAUUCAGCAUUAUACAACAGUCUGAAGAAAAUGUCAGAAAAAUAAUCUUAAAUUCUUGAUUACCUCUCCAUUGGAAGCUACAGAAGAUGUAGGUACACAUUAUCUGAUUAUCUUUAAUUCUAUCUCCAUCUGAACCGCGAAACUUCACUGUCCUUUCUUCAUUUGUAAAUAACUUUCCUUUAGUUUGCUAUCAUCAGAGCUUGCUUUUGUCUUCCUUCUCCACUUCUUGUAACUUAAAUUUUCCAUCACCUUCUAAGGAUGUAGCAUGACAUUCAGAUUUUAGGGAGGAAUCUCUGCCCUCUGACCCCAAUUCAUAUGACUGUUCUGUGAAUUAGCUUUUUAAACUUUCACUUCCUCUCUCAGUAGAGUUCUUGGAAUUAGGGUUUCUAAUCAGACUCUUGUAUCAUAAAUCCUGUGAUUUUGAUUUCAGUUAUAAAAGCAAGUGACAAAAAGAAGAAAAUUGAGAAGAAAUAAGACCAGAGAUUGUAUCACAAAAUAAAAAUGAUAUUUUUAUUCUUAAAAGAAUCAUUUUGAUGUGGAGAAAUUGAAACCCUGUGCACUGCUGGUGGAAAUAUAAAAUGGUGCAGCCACUGCAGAAAAUAGAUGAUGAUUCCUUAAGAAAAAUUAAACAUACAAUUACCAUACGAUCCAGCAAUUCCACUUCUGGGUAUUUACUCAAAAGGAUUGAAAGUAAGGACUUGAACAGAUAUUUGUACAGUAAUGUUCAUAGCAGCAUUAUUCACAAUAGCCAAAAAGUGGAAACGAUGGAAAUGUCCAUCAGUGGAUGAAUGGAUAAACAAAACGUGGUGUAUACAUCAGUGGAAUAUUAUUCAACCAUGAACAGAAAGAAAUUCUGACACAUGCAACAACAUGGAUGACCCUUGAGGAUAUUAUGAACAGUAAAAUAAGCCAGACACAGAGGACAAAUUUCCUAUAAUUCCACUUAUAUGGGGUAUGUGAAAGCAUCAAGUUCAUAGAGGCAGAAAGUAGACUAGGCGUUACCAGGGCUUAGGGCACCUGGGUAAUGGGAGUUCAUGUUUAAUGGGUUUAAUGAGUUUCUCUUUGGGGUGUUGAAAAAGUUGUGGGGAUAGAUGGUGGUGAUGGUUGCACAGCAGUGUAAAUACUUAAUGCCACUGAACUGUAUACUUAGCAGUCCUUAAAAUGACAAGUUUUAUGUUAUAGACAUUUUACCACAGUUUAACAAAAAAACAUAAUUAUUCCCCACCACCGUUUUUUUUCAGAAAAACUCAUAGAUAAAUAUGGAUAUAGGGAAGCUGUAGGCCAAUGCAUAUAUAUCAAUUAUCACAUCUACAUUUUGUGUGUGAUGUUUAAAGACAAACCUUAUUACAAGUCUCAUAAAUUUUAGUAUACAACAAUCUGAAAUUACUUUGGCAUACUUUCACUAGGUUCUCUUCACUGCUGAAAGAAUCUUACUGAUAAAAAGGUUCAGAGUUUUACUAUGAUUAAGCUGUAAUUAUAGUGUCUUGUGCCCCAUUGAGCAAUGUUACACAAAAUAAAUGUUGAGUCCAGUGCACCAACUACAAACCUAGGAAAGCUCUGUAGAGUGUUUUCUUCCUAACUAGAAGGCAGAAUAUUGCUUUUUGAAUUUUUUUAAAUUAUUGUAGUAUAUUCAUGGGCAUAAUGAUUCUUGCCCUUGAAAAUAAAAAAGGAGCAAGCAUAAAACUCACACCUUAAUGAAGACAUAUUUAACAGUGUGAUUUAUUUAGUUUAUAUGUACAUGGAAAAUUAAUCUUAAAAAUGUUAUUUUAUUGGGCGCCUGGGUGGCUCAGUUGGUUAAGUGACUGCCUUCGGCUCGGGUCAUGAUCCUGGAGUCCCGGGAUCGAGUCCCGCAUCGAGCUACCUGCUCGGCAGGGAGUCUGCUUCUCCCUCUCCCGCUCCCCCUCUUGUGCUCUUUCUCUCUCUCACUCUCUCUCUCAAAUAAAUAAAUAAAAUCUUUAAAAAAAAAUGUUAUUUUAUUGAAUGCCUAUUCUAUGUUAUUGGUAAUAAAUAUGCCUAACAUUUGUUCUAGAAAUCCUAUUUUCUGAUGUUUGGACUUACUGUUAAUUUAUGUAGUAUUUUGGAAACUAGAGCCUCUUCUUCUAAAAAGAACUGUAUGCAAUGAAAUCUUUGCCAUUUCUAACAGUAAACUGAUCUAUUAUCCUCCUUUUUAUAUCAUUCCUUUUGGUGCUCUCUCAAAUUGCUUGCCAAAUAAUUUUAAGUUAUUACCCUGCCUCAUACUUUUGGUAACUUUUUUUGGAUCCAAAAAUAACAAACAAGAGAUAACCAGAUGAAUGAAUACAAACAAGAUGAAUCAUAUUGGAAAAUUUUUUGAGAAGGGGAUGGAUAGUCAUCAUACGAGAAAGAUCUGGAGCUCAACAGUCUUACGACGCAGGAGAGCCAAGUGACCAGAGGGAGGGCGUGAAUCACCCUGUAACUAAGGGAUCAGCUGACCUUCAGAUCACCCUGCAUGUUUCAUUUUGGCUCUUCAAUCAGACCCACACCAGGGGCGGUGCCCGUGAAAAGUGAGAAAAUACCUCUGACUACCAGCCCACUUGCUCCCCUUCUCAAGAUUAGAGCCUUUUCAAGGGACAAAACCAGGAGUGGAAAUUGUGAAAGUCAGGACUAUGCAACACUUUUUAAAAAAUUGUGGGUUGGGGGUAGGAUUCCUUAACAAGAAUCCCAGUCUGUCCUCUGGUUCAAUCUCAGUAUGGUUCGGGUCAGAAGUUAUUAAACUGGAGGCUUCUGAGGAUGGAGAAAUGAAGCUAAGGACACAUAAAACUGGUUAAUUCCAGUGACAGUGCAGAAUGAAGAAGCAACUGCCGUGUCGGCCCAAACUCAAGCACAUACUGACUGAUGCAUCCAAACUAAAGUGGCUCUGGGUGCCUUUUUGGGGGGAAGGGAGGUAAUUUUAUAGUUUAAAAUGAGAAUUUAGGGGCACCUGGGGGGCUCAGAUAGUUAUGCAUCUGCCUUCGGCUCAGGUCAUGAUCUCUGGGUCUUGGGAUUGAGCCCCAGGUCUGGCUCCCUGCUCGGUGGGGAGUCUGCUUCUAUCUCUCCCUCUGCUUCUCUCCCUGCUCAUGCUCUCUCUCUCUCUCUGAGAUGAAUAAAUAAAAUCUUAAAAAAAAUAAAAUCAGAAUUUAGAAUCAAGAGGUUCCCAAAUAAGCCAAGAUAACAUAAUAAGGAUCUAACUUUAAGCCCAUUUAGACAAAGUAGUUAAAGCAUGUUUUCCUCAGGUGGUUAUGUUAUUGAAAAGAAGGCUAACUUUUUAUUAUUUGGUCCACAGCUUGGAACUAUGACUAUUUUAGGUCACACGUUAUAAACUGGUUUACAAAUAGCUUUGGACUUUGAACUUGAGUAAAGGUCAUAUGGUCUCAGCAGUUUUCUCAUAGCCUGUAGUUGAACUCAUUAUGUAAUUUUUCAACACAGCCUUUGAACCUCCCUGUACUAGAACUCUUCCUUUCAACUUCUAAUGUCAAAGUGUGCUGCAUACAACUAUCCUAUCACUUUCCUGACAUUCAUUUAUUUUUUUGAUCCACAUCCAAUCCAGCCACUUCUUCCCCCAUUCAUCAUACCAAGAUAUCUUGAUAUGCCUGUAAUACUUCAUUUAGGAAUGCCCCUUUGCACAUUUUACUAAAGGCAGUAUGAAUCUUAAACGUGUUCCCCAACUUUAAUUUAUAUCAGCCAACCUUUCAGCACUGUUUUUCCUCUCUUGUCAUUCCCUUACUUUGCUACUAAAAUUUUAAAACUUGUGUUUUUUUUUUUUUUUUUUUUUUAAUCUAUUUUCCUAGCCUCUAUGUCUGUUUCUCUCUUUAGGACUUCUAAGAAUAUUUUACACUAAGAUACUCAUGCUCUUUAAAAUCUUUUGCAACCAUGACUCAAACUAUUUCACUAUUUUUGUCUUGACUUGUGAGUUUAUUCCUUUUAAAAUUUAUUUGUUCAAUAAAUAUGAACGUGCAGAGAACUUUUUUGGCUUCUGGUUCUGAAAUACUCAAAUUUGUUUUCUGAGUCUUAUUUUCAGCUACAUCCAACACUUACAGCUCUCCCUCAAGUACACUCUACCUGAUUCCUAAAGCUUUCAAAAACUUAUUUUUCCUAUAAAUAGAAAUCUAGAUAGAAGUUUUCCCGAACUAGAAGAUAGGAAGUUAAUUUUCCUGUAGAACUCUUCAUCAUAGCUCUGGAAUGUUCUCAUUUCUUUGCUUGUACAUACCACAGUUCCAUUGUUUACUUCAAGCAUUUGCUCUAUAUUUUAUUUUGUUUGCACCUUUAUGUCUAUUCAUAUCAGUGCAGGUUUAAAUUAUAAGAGUGUAAGUAGGGAACAUGUUUAUUUAGCCAAGUUGGCUCUAUAAUCAGAUGAGAU